AGGUUCCAAAGUGGGCAGCGAAUGAAAUUUUCCAAUUAUUCAAAAGUAUUUUCCUUGUAUUGUGUCAGCUAGAAAAGAUGAAAUAAACCUUGGACGAAAAUUCUUUUCAUCAAGUUUUUGAGUCACGAUGACAUCACGUGCGUUCAUCGUUCUUUUUGCAAGCUUCAGUCUGCUGUGCGGUACACAGUUGAAAACCUCGGUCAGGGCUGCAGAAGCCGAUGAACAGGCAGGACCGACAACUUGUGGGAACAACACGCUACCAGUUCUUAGCAACGCUUACUACACGCACUGGAUAGGUGCAGCCUUGGUGGCAGAGUGCUCACCAGGCUUCGAGUUACCGUCGGGUGAGCAGCAAGCGUUACUCAGCUGCCUGUCCGAUCUCUCCUGGUCUCAUACACCUCAGCAACUCACCUGCACCCCGCUCUGUGAGGACGAGGACGCCUGUCAAAUACCGGACGAUUUUUGUGACCCGCUCCUGUAUCCUGAUUACAACAUCACGUCGGGCGAGGUGAUUGGUUGCCCGGAUGGACACGACCUGGUGGACGGUCCUCGGACUCUGGAGUGUCGGGAUGGCGUAUGGAGUCCCGAGGAGUUUUGUGCUGCGCGGUGCGACUGCGGCGACACCGGCGCCUGCGUGGCACCUGGAGUGUGCCGGUGUAGGGACCAGCAGCUCAGGGAGACAUGCGGGGACGAUGGUGAUGAACUGCAGGAAUAUUCUGACUGCUGGCCUCUGCCUGUACUUAGGUGCAAAGGCUUCGAGUUACCGUCGGGUGAGCAGCAAGCGUUACUCAGCUGCCUGUCCGAUCUCUCCUGGUCUCAUACACCUCAGCAACUCACCUGCACCCCGCUCUGUGAGGACGGGGACGCCUGCCAAAUACCGGACGAUUUUUGUGACCCGCUCCUGUAUCCUGAUUAUAACAUCACGUCGGGCGAGGUGAUUGGUUGCCCGGAUGGACACGACCUGGUGGACGGUCCUCGGACACUGGAGUGUCGGGAUGGCGUAUGGAGUCCCGAGGAGUUUUGUGCUGCGCGGUGCGACUGCGGCGACACCGGCGCCUGCGUGGCACCUGGAGUGUGCCGGUGUAGGGACCAGCAGCUCAGGGAGACAUGCGGGGACGAUGGUGAUGAACUGCAGGAAUAUUCUGACUGCUGGCCUCUGCCUGUCAGAGCGAGGCUCGAUAAAUUGACUCGAGAUGUCAUCCUCGAGUGUCCGGCAGCGACGCGUUUUCAGAACUCAUCACUCGGUCGAACGACGCCCCUGGCUUGCACAAGUGGGAGCUGGACACUAAAACAUUCUUCAGUCCUCGAGUCUGAAGUGAUAUGCGAGCCUGCGUGUACGAUAGAAUGCACGAACGGCGGGCGCUGCGACGACAGCGGCCGUUGUGUUUGCACUGACGAAUUCUACGGCGUUGCGUGCGAGAACCGCCGGUGCUUUGAAGUACCGCUGCUCUCCAACGCUAAAGUCAUGCCAAGCGUGGACCAGUCGAGUGCUCGAGUGGAGUGCGACGCAGGCUACCACUUGCCCUCGGACGUCUUUUCUGUUUCCUCUUCAGUGGCACUUACUGACCUCACAAUUUUCUGCUACGACUCCAAGUGGUCGUUGCCGCCGCAGAUUCAAGAGGGCUGUGCGCCUGACACUCAAGAGCCUUGCGAUGAACUCAACACUCCAGAAUUUGUUCAGAUCUUGACACGGUCGGCGCAGCGAAUUACGUUGACAUGCAAGCACCAAGAUCCCAACAUGAGAAUUGAAGGCAUCUGCAGAGCGGGCUCGUGGGUGACACCCGACAAAGAUGAGAAGCUACGACUUUUGACCAUCGACGACUGGAAGACGCUGUGCCAUUACUCAGAUACUUGUCCUGAAUUGCCGAAUCUGAUUCCGCACAUGAACUUCACUGCCGUGCAAACUCCUGUCGAUCAAAUAGUGCCCAAAGUGGCACUGGGUAUGGUCAAGUGCACACCCGGCUUCCAGUUGGACGGCAACACGUCGUCCACGCUGGUGACGUGCUCCCCGUCAAAGCUCUACCGCUGGGUCAUGUAUGGCAACCUGCCUCUACCCCAGACCUCAGAUGGAAGCGCCACCUCGCUUGCAACGCAGGCUAGCGCGAUCGCGUCUCUGCCGACAUGCCUGCCUGUGUGCGAGCCUGCGUGUCUCAACGGCGGCGAGUGCAUCGCGCCAGGCCAGUGCCGCUGCCCGCCGAGCUUCACGGGCCCGCUCUGCGCCAGCGCCUGUGACGCCGCCGUCUCCCAGUGCUCCACGUCGCCUGCUGUUGUUGUCAACGCUGAUAUUUACUACAAUGGUUCGGUUGCGGUGGUGGAAUGCCACGCAGGCUACGAGCUGCACACAGGGCUCUCUCACUACCACCUCCGCUGCCACAACGACGUCUGGACGCCUACAAACUUGCAUGGAGGCAUCUACACCGAGAAGCUGCCCAGCUGCGAUCCAGUCUGUCAACUUCCGUGCUUAAACGGUGGGGCUUGUGUCGGUCCCAACGUCUGCCGAUGUCCCAAAAACUUCCGGGGCCUAAACUGCCAGGUCCCAAAGCAGCCGGAGUGUCCCUCUGACCCUGAUCCUGUCCCAAAUGGCUAUAUUCAUGUCUCGGCAUCAGGACGUAGACUGCGGUGCUCGGAGGGCUACGAGUUGGAGGGGGGACUGCAGGAGGCGCUGAUGUGGUGUCAAGGAGGAGAGUGGGUCUUCCCUCGGGUACUCUACGCAAGAGCGCAUCGAGGAGCAGCUGAAAAUCUUUCAGAUUUCCAGAUUUUGGGGGUGGGCAAGCUCUCCUCGUGGAGGUUCUCGCCCUGCAAGCCCGUGUGCAAGCCUCAGUGCCUCAACCGCGGGCUUUGCGUUAGGCCGCAGGUGUGCGAGUGUCCCGCGCCUUUUGUAGGGCCCCGCUGUGAGACGCUCGAUCCUGAACUGUGCUGGUCCCCUCCUCCGGUCAUUGGUAACGCUUCAAUUAUGUUCAGCGCGAACAAGGGCAGCCUGAUGUGCGAGGAGGGAUACGAGAUGCGAUCCGGGGCCCGGCUUGUAGAGCUCACGUGCAGGGCACGAGUCUGGCAACCUACCUCGGAAUCAGCGGCUCCUUCAGAGGAAACGUGCGUGCCCACAUGCGUGCCCGCGUGCGUGAACGGCGGCGAGUGCGUGGCGCCCAACACGUGCCGCNGAGAUGGCAGCGACAUCAUGAGCAUCUCAUGUCAUGCGGGCUACAGCCUCCACGGUGGCAUCACCAGCGCUGUACUCACCUGCAACGAUAGCGAGUGGAUGUCAACGGUCAUGGGCCGCACGUUCACGGCAAAGGAGCUGCAGUGCAGCCCAGUGUGCAGCGGCGGCUGUAGGAACGGAGGAACCUGCGUGUCUCCAGGGCAGUGCAAAUGCACGGGCGCCUUCGCCGGACCGCGAUGCUCGGUCAAGAUCUGCGUGCCACCAGAUUCUUUGAGAAAUAACUCCAUUUUCAAUUAUGAAUCUGCAUCUGGAGUUUUGGAGGUUCAGUGCAAGGAAGGAUAUCGACUGCCAUCAGGAAACAUUUCAGUUAUCCUGCUCUGUCAGGAUGGCAACUGGAUGAGUUCUUCAGGGGAAAAUACAGUGAGUCCUGAUCUCAAAAUAAAAUUUGCUACAAUUUAG